AGUUUCAUUCCAUCAGUGAUUAGAUAAUGGUUGGAGCAACGCAUCCGAAGGACAGUAUGUCGCUGCGGCACCGAAUGAGAUUGAAGCAGCAAGUGCUGAGUUUACAUUUCAAUCAAGAUUAUGGAAUCUUUGCUUGCUGUAUGGAGAAUGGAUUGAGAAUCUUCAAUGUUGAACCCUUGACAGAAGAAGGACACUUGAGUGUUGAAGCAGUGGGUAGCAUUCGCUCAUGUUCCCUCCUACACCGAACAAAUCUUAUUGCUCUUGUUGCUGGUGGAACAAUGCCAAAGUUUGCAGAGAAUACUAUCCUCAUCUAUGAUGACUUGAAGAAGAAGUUUGUUCUGGAAUUUACUUUCACAUCACCUGUGCUAUCUGUGAGACUCCAAAGAGACCGGCUUAUUGCAGUACUGCAAAAUCAGGUUCAUGUCUUCUCAUUUCCCAACAAUCCACGGAAACUGUUCUCUGUUGAUACACGAAAUAACCCCCAAGGCCUGGUAGCAGUGAGCCCACUCAUCUCGUCUGAAAGACAACUUCUUGCAUUCCCUGGCAUGAAAGUUGGCUCGGUGCAGCUUCUUGACUUGCUGACUACAGAAGCAGAUAUCUCAAGUGCACCAAACUGCAUAAAUGCCCAUAGGACUGACAUAGCCUGUAUUGCCCUUAAUCAACAGGCCAGCCUACUAGCUACAGCCUCAUGCAAAGGCACGCUGGUCCGUGUCUUUGACGUGUAUUCUAAAGUACAACUGGUUGAGCUGAGGCGAGGCUCAGAUCCUGCCACACUCUACUGUAUCAACUUCAGUCCGGAUUCAGAUUUCCUCUGCUGCUCAAGUGAUAAAGGCACUGUCCACAUCUUUGCCCUCAAGGAGACACGACUAAACCGCAGAUCCACGUUUUCAAAGAUGGGCCUGAGCCUUGGGACAUAUGUGGAGUCUCAGUGGGCUUUGGCCAACUUCACUGUACCACCAGAGUGUGCUUGUAUCUGUGCCUUCAUCAACAAUUCUUCUGUUGCUGCAAUUUGCAUGGAUGGAACAUUUCACAAGUAUCUCUUCACCUCUGAUGGAAACUGCAAUCGAGAAGCAUACGAUGUGUUCCUGGACAUAUGCAACGAUGAGGACUUAUGAUUCCAUUUUUCAGUAAUAUUUUCCUCCCAGUUCGUCUUUCAGUGAGGGCAAGUGCAAGAAUUUGGCAUUGUAAUCAUUACACAAGAUUACGUAUUGUUUUUAGUUGCAUAGUCACAUUCCAGAAAGUUUUAGAUGGAUCUUGAAGAAGGAAGGCUCAGACGUGAAUGGCUCUGACUUGUAUGAUCCAUGCUACGUGAGUUGUUCAUUUCUUUUGUCUUUACCCUCGAUGAGUAGUUCUCAAGAUGCGUUUUGAAAUAUAUUUUGUCUCAUCCUGAA